UUCUCGAAUCUUCCAUGGCCAAAUCGCGAAUAAUCUAAGAAUCGGAAAUUUUGCACACCUCUACUAUAUAUGUAACAGUGAACACUUCUCCUUUGCUGAGAUAAUCCAACCCGCCUCACAGGUGUGCCAUAUCAAGAUGCUGAUUAUUGCACAGCGAUGCUCCUCCCUAUUCAUAAGCGGCGGCCUGUCAGGAGAGCCGGCGACUACCACAAGUCACACUGGUGUUCUCUGAGGCACUCUGAAACCAUAAAUAACUUUAAAAAAGCACAUCACUACAAUUACAAAGAAGAAAAAAUAUGCUUAACCUUGAUUUAGCUGUUUGAGUCCGCUUAAAGAAUCUCCAUAGCACUGAGCUUGGGGCUGUCGGCGCUAGCAUAGCAGGUUCAUUGUAGCAUAGUGACUGUGCCUACCCAUGCUUUUCAUAUCUGUCUAACCACCUAUAGCUAUAGCUUAAACCGUUCUUCUGUAAUCACAUUGAGCAUCAGGUGGAGUCUUUGUUCCCAAUAAAAAGAAUUCUGCGUGGUCAAUGAAAACGGUUUACCAUUCCUUUUGUUGUUUUGUAUGUUCUUCUUUUCUGUCUGUCACCAACAAAACACUUUUCUGUCCAGCUGCUUUCUUUCCAUUUUCUGUGUCCAAGCUGCUGAACAGGACAUGGAAAAAAAGAAACUAGGCAGUAGUCGUGUGUUGGCCAAUCAUAGCAACCAUUGGAUAGCCAUCAUUUUUCAGAACUCAUAGUUUGUCUUCACAUUUUUGCAAUAUACUUCUGUAGAGGUAUAUGACAUCAAAUGGAGCCCUAUUUGUUGAUAAUAUCCCCAGAGUUUAUGAUUAAGCACCUCGCAAGCUGUGUCGGCACUAGCAGCUGAGAGUCAUUUCGUGGCAAAAUAUGGAUAUCCUUUUUGUACCCAUGGUUAGCCUUGAAGGGUUCUUCUGUUGUGGCAACAAGGGUCUUCACUUGAACACAUGUUGGCAUGUAAAUUACAUUCUCUCAAACUGACAUUUUGGAAAGCUACCACUAGCUAAUGAUGUGGCUUGGAAAUCUAGUCCAAGUUGGAGGAUAACUGAGCGGGCACCGGUACACAUAUGAACUCAACAGUUGUUAUAAUUAGGGUUGGGCAUCGAGCAUCGAUGGGAUCUGGGACUAAGACUCCGGUUCUCCUGGAACCGUUCGAAUUUUUAAAUUUGGAUUCCAAGUUUCGAUGCCCUCACAGCCGACUGGAAAAAAUAGCUGCCAAACACAAUGAAGAAGAAGCCACAUAAAGACUAGCUCCGUUAAGAGCAAAUCAAAUGAAGUGGCUAAUUUAGCUCAGCACAAAAACCUGUUGCUUUGCUUCACAUAAAUGAAAACAAAGUAACAGAAAAAACACCGAAAUAAUAUCAGACACUAGAUAGAAUGUGCAAACUUACAGAUUUAGUUUUAUCAAGGGUUCCCAAUGAUGUGUAGUGCAGAGGAGGUGUGUAACGUCUGUUCACCUCAAGGAUUCCUUUCCAACUAAAGUAAUAGGUUCCUUUUUGCCUGCUGAUUAAAGUAAGUCACCACUAGGGGAAGCCAAGCGCACAUAGCAAAACCAAAGAAAAACUAGAGUCUGGAGUCACAAUAGGGACAUCUUGUGGGCGGAUGAACAAUAUAUCAGUUUAGAAAGAAACUUAAAAAGUAGUCAACUUAAGAUCAAAGGACAGAACACUCCUCACCUGACAUCAGCCCUUAACUAACUUGUACAAAUAUCACCUAAAACCAAUGAUGCAAUACAAUACAUGCCUGCUGCAUAAGAAACUAUAAAACAAAGGCAAAAUAUUAUGGGUAAAUGUUUUCUUUGUGAGCGCUUGAGAAAUAAGUCUCUUUGUGAAAGUGCACUCCUGCUCUGUGAAAAGAAACUUCAUCAUAUUCAAGUUCAAAGACUUAUAUUUAAAUUAGGGGUGUCAAACGAUUAAAAUUUUUAAUCGAGUUAAUUACAGCUUAAAAAUUAAUUAAUCGUAAUUAAUCGCAAUUAAUCGCAAUUCAAACCAUCUAUAAAAUAUGCCAUAUUUUUCUGUAAAUUAUUGUUGGAAUGGAAAGAUAAGACACAAGAUGGAUAUAUACAUUCAUCACACGGUACAUAAGUACUGUAUUUCUUUAUUAUAACAAUAAAUCAACAAGAUGGCGUUACCAUUAUUAACAUUCUGUUAAAGCGAUCCAUGGAUAGAAAGACUUGUAGUACUUAAAAGAUAAAUGUUAGUACAAGUUCUAGAAAUUUUAUAUCAAAACCCCUCUUCAUGUUUUCGUUUUAAUAAAAUUUGUAAAAUUUUCAGUCAAAAAAUAAACUAGUAGCCCGCCAUUGUUGAUGUCAAUAAUUACUUACACAAUGCUCAUGGGUGCUGAAGCCUAUAAAAUCAGUCGCACCCAAGCGCCAGCAGAGGGCGGCAAAACUCUGAAAAACACAACAAGUACACCUUUCACUGUGCUCUCAUUUUAAUCUGUUUGAGCGGGGCAUUUGUGCGUUAAUUGCUUCAAAUAUUUUAACGGGAUUAAUUUAAAAAAUUAAUUACCGCUCGUUAACGUGAUAACUUUGACAGCCCUAAUUUAUAUACAACUUAAAAAUAGCCCUGUGAGAAAUUUAAAGUUAAUUGAAAGUUCAUACAAUUUGAAAAAUAAUUGAGAAGUUAAGUGCGUUAAGCAGCACAGCCCUUUUAAUUUUUGUGUAAAUCUUUUGGACAAAAAUGCAUAUUAGUCUUAUUAGUUAUUUUCGUCAUUUCAAAAUGUGUUCGUCUUCAUCUAGUUUUAGUCGACGAGUACUCAAAAUGUUUUCAUCUGUAAAAUUUUAAGUUUUCUAACUAUUCAAAUGAACAUUGACAGAGGAGCAUAUAUUGUAGCCUCUACAAGGAUAACCCCAACAUUGUGAGGAUAAUACACAGUCAGCAGGAAAACAGUACAUUAUUUUCAAUUAAUUAUCCCCACCUGGACGCCACGAAUUGUUUGUAAAAAAAAAAAAAAAAAAAAAAAAAGUUGUUCGAGCGUUUAAGAGGACGCUCGCCAUGCUACAGUUUAUGCUAACGCUAACGUGAAUGCUAUUUGAAUGCUAAGUGUUAUAUUUAGUGUCUGGUGAUCACUCAACACAGACCUUUAAAGGCUAAAGCAACAUUGCAUAUUCUCUCUUGCCAAAAUAAUAAAAUGAAUCCUACCGUGUGUUUCAAAACAAGCAAGCCUGGAGUGCAGUCUGGCUUGAAUUACAUCAUAAAAAGCAGUUAGGGGAGUGAAUGAUAGGCACAGCAAAUCCCCUUAAGUUCCCAUAAGUGACACGACCCAAACACUGCUAUGAUGCAGGCUGAUGUACACGUAAAAUAAGAAAAUGUCACGCAUUGUGAAUAUAUGACUGAAACUGUCGUGUUUAUAUCUUGUUGCAACACGUCACACGAAAACUGACAUUUGUCACAUUAUGUUUUAUUUCUCCAAAGAUACGUCAUGUCAUCUUCAUGAAAAAAUUAGGGUUAGUUUCGCUAUCGCCAUUGUUGAUUAAAUGAAUCUUUGAAAGCACCUUAAGUGGCAUUGUCCUCAUUACACACCUGGCAAAACGGGCUGAAGUGAAAUGUUAAUGUUUAUUUUUCACGCGAAGUCAUAAAUUUUGCCCCAACCCCCCCAAAAAAAUCCAUUAAUACUCGCUUCAUUAUUCAAUCUACAGGUUUAAAAUAUAGAGAAAAAAAAGUAGUAGUUUAUAAGUCAGAAACUUAUGGUAUAUGCCAUAUUUAGAGGGUAAAGGGCUUGUUGAGUUACUGAUCUUUAUGCCCUUUUAUGGAAAACAUUGUGACCGGAAGGACCUGCUUUGGUUCAAGAAAGAUGCCUCUGUUUGCUUUCUCACUGAGCGGCAAUCCCACCAAGUUACCCACACGUACUCACACGCACAUACCGGACACCCGCCUCGGCACCAGAUAGCUUCCCACUAGUGAGUCACCGUUAUCCAGUCAUUCAAAAAGCACACAUCUUAAUAAACAACAAUGAGCUCACAGGUUGUGAUGAUCCAGUGAACAUUAAUUUCUUAUGCAUUGUUAUUUUGGCACAUUUCAGAUUGUAAACCGCUUUGCUUGAUUGCACCAAUGACUCUCAUACCAAGGGACAUUGUAACAUUUAGGUGACUUUACUACUACAGAAGAGUGUUAUGUUUUUAAAAGCGGACUUCUGGAUACUGGUCUGGGUUUGAAUCUCAUUAGUUUGCUGGUGUAUCCUCCGAUUUUGAGUUUGUUAGGAAGUAAAUGAGUGGGAUGUUACAGAAUCUAAGAGUUUGUUCCAGCUCUGUUUACAGCGGGUAGUCAAGCCUGGCUAAGCUAACAGUAGCAAGCCUAACAAAGACUCACUAUCUUGUUAUCUGUUUGUGUCCCCUUCAACUUUUCUCUUCUCCCUCAUAUAACUUUCACAUCCUCUGUUCUCACUCUCCCCAUCUAGCCCUUCUUGCUUCCUUACAGCCUGUCUUUCAGCCUCCCAGACACAAUCAUCCACCUCUUUUUAUUAACAAUUCACAGCUUUUAAUAGAGAGAAAAUUCAGGUUAAGCCCCAGGUCGACCGUCGCAUUGUUACUACGGGAACGGGAGGAAGAUAGCCCAGAAACGACACAUACACGCAAUCAGUAUCACUGACUUGUGUUGUGGGGUCACCUGAGGACUUCAAAAGCCAAACUGGAACACGUUCUGUCACAUUGGGAUGAUCCUUGCCUGUCCUUACUAUGAAUGGAUUUCAAAGGGGCUUAACACCUAACACGGCUGGAGGUGACAAGACGAGAUGGCGCUCAGAACAAGGAUGUCAUAAGAUAAGCACACAAUCAGAGGCUGAUUCUUUUCCAGCCCCGCUGAUUUUAAAUUUGCCUGUUGGGUGUCCUCGUCAUAUAGUUUGUGUAGGGAGUGGGCAUUAGUUAUCAGGUGCAAGGUGGGAUGGAAGGGAAAGAAGGUGGAUGAAGGCUGAAGCAUUAAGUCUUUCUAAGCCUCCUGGAUCCUCUUUGGUCCCUCUCCACAUGACACGACUAUACUUCUCUGCUCCUCCUUGGCUCCUUGGAGAGCGGCCAGCGAGUGGACGGAGAAGUGGAGGUGAAAAAUACAGCAUGCUCCAGGCUGAUGGGGACGGAAUUGCACAAGCGAGGCUUUUGUUCAGCUACCCAGAUGAACAACAGGAAGGAGGACAUGGAGAUUUCCUCUCACUACCGACAGCUCCUCCGAGAGCUCAAUGAGCAGAGGCAACAUGGAAUCCUCUGUGACGCCUGUGUCAUUGUGGAUGGAAAGAUCUUCAAAGCUCACAAGAACAUCCUCCUGGGCUCUUCCCGCUACUUCAAAACUCUUUACUGCCAGGUUAAAAAAGGUUCAGAGCCUCACCAUCAGACUACAGUAACUCACCUGGACAUUGUCACUGCGACAGGCUUCAAAGCCAUCCUCGACUUCAUGUACUCGGCUCACCUCGCUCUAACAAGCAAGAACGUCAUCGAGGUCAUGUCGGCGGCCAGCUACCUGCAGAUGACAGACAUUGUACAAGCGUGCCACAGCUUCAUUAAGGCCGCCCUAGACAUCAGUAUCCGCUCUGAGAUGGCUGACGAAUUGGCUGACUUUGAAAUGGGAGCCGUUGUCACUGCUGGCAUAGGUGCUGGUGGUGGAAGUGGUGGAGGAGGAGUUGGACUAACAGGAGCAGGGGUAGUAGCCGGAUUGGGUUUGGGAGGAGGUGGGAUAGUGGGUAUGGCCUCCGAAGCCCUCGCCUCCAUCAUGUCCGGUCGCAGUACCUCCCCCUGGCUGGCGCGCCGCACUAGCCCCGCUAAUUCCUCCGGGGACUCUGCCAUCGCUAGCUGCCAUGAGGGAGGUAGCACUUAUAGCAAGGAGGACCAAGAACCCCCCAAGAGCCACGAGAGCCAGGAGGAAACUUGCCACGACUCCCAGCCUGCUUGGCCGCAUGACUACAGGCCUGUCAGCGUCAAAGAGGAACAGGUGUCCCCUGCCUCCUCUUCGCAUCCCCGGGACACCCCCAGGGGUGCUGCCCAGAGCCAAAGGGAUCAGAUAACAGGGGGCACAAGUGCAGGUGGGGAUGGAUCUUGGCAGCCCCUAUCAGGAUCGGGGCGGAGGAAGAACAGGAAGAACAAGGACACGGUCAGACAUAUAACCCAGCAGGCUGAAAGGAAUUGGGACAGAGAGCGGGACAGAGAGAGAGACAGGGACAGUAGGCCUGGAUCUCCACUGCCAUCCAUGCUCGCUGUGGCAGGCUGGAACUACAAUGGACAGGACAUCCAAGACGCAGAUGUGACCGAACCCAACAGCUCUGACAGCCGCGGCGAGCGCCUGGACUUCUUCCUCAAACAGGAAGAAGCUCUCGCAUCAGAGUCGGCCUUCCUGGGUCCCAACGAAUCAGAGGAGGCAGGAGGAGGAGGCGGCGGAGGCAGAGGCGGCAGUGGGAUGAUGUCCUCGGUUGCAAACCUGAAGGCGGCGCUGAUGAGUAAGAACAGCUUGCUGUCACUGCGGGCUGAGAUGAUGGGAGAUGAUAACCCCUUGCUCUAUGAGUACCUUCCCAAAGGAGGACACUCCUUGUCUUUGAAUGACUUCACAGUGAUCCGUAAAAAGUUCAAGUGCCCCUACUGCAGUUUCUCUGCCAUGCACCAGUGCAUCCUAAAGAGGCACAUGCGCUCGCACACUGGUGAGAGGCCCUACCCAUGUGAAAUCUGUGGCAAAAAGUUCACCAGGAGGGAACACAUGAAGAGGCACACACUGGUUCACAGUAAAGACAAGAAGUAUGUGUGUAAAGUGUGCAGCCGCGUGUUCAUGUCGGCGGCCAGUGUCGGAAUCAAACACGGGUCCCGGCGCCACGGAGUGUGCGUCGACUGCUCCGGUCGGGGCAUGGCGGCGCUGCUGGAUCACAAUGGUGAAGCCGGGGGAGACAUCUCCCCUGAAGAGGAGUUGUACCCGGGCGAUCGCUUCCACGACGACCAGGCUGAGUGCGACGGUGACGGUGAGGAGGAAAUGAUGGCGGAAGGCGAUGGUGAGAUAAUCGGAGAAGGGGAGGAGGACACGGCCAAGUGGAAGGAGACCGGCAUGGCGGCAGACUCUCACCGGGCACUGGACAACGAGAAGGAGGAGAGCGACUCCUCAGUGCAAGAGGGCGAGCCACAGAAUGGGAGUGAAAGGGACUUUGCGUGGAUCUCCUAAAACCUGCCUGACACUAGUUUGUGGCUUGACAAGCAAGCUCUGAAGAUCAUUUUGGGGAUCAUUCAGGAAUCUGUCGACCCCGCCUGUCGCCGACCGGGCCUUCCUUUUUGGAUGGAAACCCGCAAAACUCCUUAACGGUUGAGCACGAGUGAUCACAAGUCUUUUUCUGCUUACCUCCUUUGACUUCUGACGCAGUGUUUUGGUCCUACAUUCUCCUUGAGAUUUGGGUCGAAGACGUGGCAAAACCCCAGCCAACAACUUUGUGUAUUUGCCAUCACAAUCACCAUGGAAACCAGGGAUCAUUGUUUGCAAGGGGAAGUGGUCCCCCUCCAUGUUGUCCUUUUGCCUCCUCUGAGGGUCUCUGAAGGGAGCAUUUCAAGCUAUUGCAAAGCCCCACACGAGGCAGACGGUCCGACAGUGGACCAAGUCCUACUGCCACAGACUUGCACUUUAAUGACACUGACUCCUAUCCUAGCCCCCUGAACCCACAGUUUACAUUUGUAAUCAGUUGUUGACUGACCUACACAACUUGGUGACCGCACCUACCUUUAAGGAUUGACGUCCUCUUGACUGUUAUCGGCACACUGGAAUCAGUGAUCCUUUGUGCAGAUUGUUGUCUUAUAUAGCCUUUGCCCUCCAAAGUGAAGUCAGGGGGGGGCUUUCAUUUUUUCUUCAGUUUUGCUCAUAGUUCCUACGGUUUGGUGGAGUUUUCACACAUGUACAUAAUAAUAGUUUGGGAUCGAAAAAGAGGUUUAAAUGAACGUUGGACAAAUAGCGUGGACUUUGAUGAACGGCUGCCUUGGCUUAUUCAAAUCAAUUUUAUUCGUCCCCACAACUCAGUCACAAUUUUGAAUAUGCAGACUUUUCUUUUGCCCCACGUUUUGUUGUUGUUUUUUGGCAGCGUUCAUGGGAUGAAAAUUUUUAAGCUAAACAUCUGUGCUGGAAAUUCUGAGAGUUGUGUUAAUGUUGGUUAUUUAUUGGAUGUGUGCUUGUCAACUCUUCAAAUCCUUCCCUUUUCUUUCUUGAUAGUGUAUGUGUGAAUUGAGUGCGACGUACACAAGAAUGCUCGCAAAGUCGGUAUUGCUUUCCUAAGAUUGUUUCAGUGUUUUUAAUAGCGUUAUUGACAACUGGAAUCUUAUUAUGAUUAUCACAACUAUGAUUAACAUUGUUGAUGUUACUAUUAUUCGUUAUUAUUAAGUGCUGGAUGCUGAGCUUAUUGUGUGUUAAUUUGGGGAUCUUUUAUAACUUAUACAAUUUGAGAAAAGGGAAAAAAAAUAAAGCUUUUAUACUUUGCCUUCGUGUGGACAGCAAGCCAUAGGGCUUUUCUCAACAUUUUUAUUGUGCCAGUUGACGCUUUUUCUGUCGUAUUUGCAUUUUUUUUCUACCAGUGGGAGAACACUGUUAAUUGUCUGUUUGAUAUUGAUUGCGACAUAUAUUCAGCACACGCUUUUGCAUCACUAAUGUACACUAAUUGAUGAAUAAUGAACCAAAAACAAUCGAGUACCUUGUAUACUUAAGUGCUUUUGUUCCAUAGUCUGUGGGUGCAGGUGCUUUUUGGAUAUAUUUGGUGUGCUUUUUGUUCUCCUUCUUUUGUCACACUUUGAUAAUGUGCCCAUGUUGUUGUUGUGACUCUGAAGGGCUGUGUGGCUAGCUUAGUCAAAACUGCAUCUCCUAUGACACACAAUCAAGGAAGAAGAACAGCAUGCAGACAAACUGGUGGGAUCAGGAGUCUGCCUUGGGGACGCCUUGGAUGGAUUGCACUUCCCACUACACUUUUUUCGUGUCUGUCUGUACUUUGUUAUUUAUUGUGAUUUCCUUUCACCCUCUUAUCAGAUGGUUGUGACUUAAUUGGGUAAGAAUGGGAGACAACAGUGGUGGUGGGGUGAUUUCAAUGAAUGUUCAUAAAGGGUGUGGAAGCAGUAAAUCUCUUGUAGCCACUGUGUAUGUGCAGGUGUGCGUGUGUGUGUGUGAGAGAGACCUCUGCACUCGUCUCAUAGCCUCAACCUAGUCUUCUUCCUCAUACUGGCUUCAGGAAAACAUCUGCCAUCGACCUCCUCAAAUAUGUGCCUCGAUGACCUUUUGACCUGCAUGCUUGUGGGACAAGUGGGAUCAGAUGAAACAUUUUCGAGACAAAUCAAAUUCUCCCCUGUAGUGUGUUGAUGACCGUCUGUGCCCUUUUUCUUUGCGUGCGGUCGUGGCCUCACUGCAUGCCCGUGUUCAUUUGGUCAUACCAAAGCGACGUCUUAAGCAUCUGCACACAACUGUCUCAUUCUACACAAUGCAAAACUGGAACUGUUUGCUCUUGUGCUGAGGAUUAUGGGUAAUUUUUUUGAUGUUGACAAAUCCUCAUUUAUCUUGAUUCACACGUGCAAGUCAUGAAGCCAUAAAUAUGGGUAAAACUAAAGUGUACUAUAUUUCAAAAUUUCCGCUUUUUAUGUUAGAGUUUGUUCUUCUAUUAAGAGUGGUGUGUGUAUACCUUCAUAUAUAUGAAUUUAUAUGACUAUUAUAUUAUUUAUUUUCUCGACUUUAAGAGGGUCUUUGAUUUGUACAAGGUCGCACUUGAAGCUUGAGCUCUGCUUAUUUUCACUGGGAAUAUUGCUCAAUAUGAAACAAGACUUUAUAUUGAUGAUACAAAAUCUGAGUUUUUAACAAAAAUGUGUUAAAUAUUACAAAAAAAAGUCCUGUCUUUUUUUUUUCAUUUAAUUUGUUAUGGUUGUGAUAGUUUUUGGGUUGUUAGUCCUGAUCACUCAGCAUUUUUACAGUCAACCCUGAGCCUCCAGUUUCGAUGUUGGCUGUGCAAGCUAAUGUCAUGCUUAGUGCAAAAAUAAGCUUACUAUUAUUUGCAAAACCCAAUCAGUCCCAAUAAAUUUUGAAAUUGCUGCUGUAUAAAAGAAGUGUUCAUGCGUGCUUUUUCCCCCCCUCCCUCAAGACUGUUGUCCACAAGAGGGCAGAAAAGACACGUGUAGAAAUCUACCCUUUGAAAGAUGUUCGUGUUUAAUCAAGUCUUGUGUCUUGCUGCUACCAGCGUAUGCUGGAUUUAUUAGCAGGGUCAUUCAGCUCCUUUUAUAAAUACUUGUCAAUUUUUGCCAUCAAUACAAUUAGUGCAAGAGUAAGACAUAUCAACCGAUCAUUAUGAACAUUAUUGAUUUAUAAUGGUUGAUGAGAAUGACACCCAAAUUGUUUCAAUUAGGAAAAAAAGUUUGUAAAACAUUUGAAAUAUACAUUUUAGCUUAUUUUGUUCUACACUAAAUGGGGAAUUGUUAAAUAAUUCAAUGUCGGGAUGUCUUUGACUAUAAAUUUGUUUUAAAAAUAAUAAAAGUUGAAAAAUAAAGAGGCUGACAAAUCCAACCCAAGAUCUCAAGAUUCCCUGUUUUAAACUAAUGACUUCAGAAAUGUUCAUAAGAAAAAUAACAUGAAAGUUAAAAAAAAAAAAAAAACUUCAUUUGUUGGAAAAAUAGCUUCUUUACCUAUACGUCAAUAUCUUCGUGGCAUUGACAUUGGCAUUUUGUGGGAGUGGGUAGUUUUUUGUGUGUGUUGCAACAAUACUGAGCCUAGUAUCAGAAGGGGCCCUGAUACGGCAUUAAAAUGGAGGCAUCAGCAUCGGUUACCACUAAGAAAUAACGCAGUCAUGCUGCGCAAAAUGUACUGGAUGUGAAAUUUAGUUUCCAAUAUGGCUGCCAGUUACAAACACCUCAGUACUUUAAAACAAGCAGAACUUGUCGCCCCUCCCAAGAUGGUCACCGAUUACGAAAGCAGCCAGGGAAGUAAAUUUAAGUCAUAUUUUUAAUACAUGCUCCAAUACUUUAAAUGAUGGGAAAAUGUACAUGUAACGGUAAUACCAGCCAAGAAUUGAAGUUUUUGAACAAUGACAUUGACAUGAGCAACUAUAAAGAUGUUAAUUUUGUUAAGAGGGAAAAUUGGAAAAAGGCUAGCGAACUUGUGUCUUCUGCUAGCAUAAGUGAUUAGCACAUGAGCUAAGCUAAUGGCGCCGAUUGUGGACUAAGUAUGAGUAUCAGGCUAGAUACCAAAUUGAAUAAACAAACAAAAAAAAUUGGCCAUUGUGAGCAUUUUAAGUCUCCAGUUUUUUCUACCCGUUCCAGUAGCGCACAAGGUUGUUAAGCAGUGUCUGACCAAGCCAUGAUAGCAAUUAAUUUACAUUCAAAUAAUUAUAUAGCAAUUUAGUACAAGAAAAAAAAAAAAAAAAAAACAUGCUGUCAUUGUCAUUUUGUAUCUGUUGCCAGAGUUUGCCACAGUUUAGUUGUGGAAUCUGUAUCGGGAGCCAAAAUAUGGUGCGGGUCCAAAACUUUUUUUUUUUUUUUUUUUUAAACCUUAUUAGCAUGUCUACCCACAGUCAGGAGAAUACCACUAAAGCUAGAACACAUGAACAAAACAAUGUUCACAUCAGAAUAAUACUUUUACAACACGAAUAAUGAUUUCGACAGCAAAUUUGUUUCAUUUUGUUUUUUAUUUUUUGUCGGUCACAUUACAUCACACAAAUCAGAUGAUCAGCAUCUUAAUUGCUCAGCCAUCAUUGCUUUGAGCCCACGACAUGGGCUUGACAUUCAACCCAAAUACGCCUCACAAAGUGUUCCCUCCGCGACCGCCGUGCUGUUGCUGAUGAGACGGCGGCACGGUCCCCUCCAAUGCUUCAAGCGUGGUAUGGCACACUCAAAGCCGCAUGGAAAGCUAAUGGAGCAUUUAUCUCACAUAUCCAGCUUCAGGUCUAUGUAUUAGGAAGCUCUUUGUUGUCACUAGUAAGCAUAGUGCCACCUUUAACCUUACUAACUCAAUACUGAUAUCCUUUCUAAGAUAUUUGUCCUCACUAGUGGCACAAAAAAAUGUUAUGUGUCGGACGCAGUUGUCUUACUAGUGAAGACAAAGAGAGUGCUCAAAACAUUAAGGAUAUUGAAUAGCGCUCCAACAGCUUUCCAAUGUGACAAGUAUGUUUCCAUUUUGAGGUUACGGAGACCAUCACAUGAUAAGGCAUUACUGAGAGGUGAACACACAAUGAACCCUUCAGUGCUGAAUUUCCUAAUAAAAAAAGCCAAUUCUAGACAUGGGAAACAACCUCAAAACUCGAACAUACAAUCAAUCAAUGAGAAACCCCAAAAAACAAAGUAAAAAGCUUGCAGCCCGAGUAAGGCUGUAAAAAGAAACGAUGGUCAGGUGAGAGACAGACGGAAAAAGCAAGUGGAGCUGCCAUUGUUACGCGUAAAUUGGAUAUAGAAAGCUUUGCUGCUGAUGCUCACAAAAAUUGACAUUCAAUAAACAAAAAAAGCAGCAUGAUUUUGACAUAUUUGGAAAAUAUAUGUACAGAGGCGUCCUCGGUGCACAUUUGAAGGGUUACAUUAGCUUAAUGUGCUGGCUAAAAGGCUUUUGGGGGCAGGAGGGACCACAGUAAAGCUGGAGAAAAAGAAGUGGAAAAAAAAAAAGCCAAAAGCCAUUGAAGCAUUUACAUUUACUCCGUAUUCUUGAUUAUCCAGUUUAAGCUUCAUGUACUUCAAAAACACAGAGGGAAAAAAAACUUAAGCUAUUAUUUGUUUAAUAUGUUAUUUUUCUUAAUUUUUGCUUAGUUGAAAAAUCGUCAAAUUCUUGUCAAUAGUUUCAAAGAGAACGUUUACGUAUUGUGUUUAUUUAAAGUGCCUUGCAAAAGUAUUCGGCCCCCUUGAACCUUGCAACCUUUCGCCACAUUUCAGGCUUCAAACAUAAAGAUAUAAAAUUUUAAUUU